AUGGCGACGCCGUCGUUAGCUGAGAAGUUGGACAAGAUCAAGUCCCCUGGCCUCCAGAGCCAGCAGCGGACCGUCGUUGUGCUCCAAUCCAUCGAGUCGACACUCAAGGACCAGAACAGUGCGCCAACUCCCACGGGCUACUUUGCUGCUCUCCUCGCUCUUCUCCAGCAGGCCAACGCGAGCGGAAACGUCAAUGUCGAACUCGCCACGCCCGUUGUCUACCUCCUCGAUGUCGUAACACCGUUUGCCCCGCAACCGCUCUUGCGAUCCAAAUUCACCCAAAUCCUCACACUUAUUGCGCCCGUCCUCUUGAUGCAAGAGGCAGAGCCAAUUCUCCUCAGAACAUCCAUCGGCUGCUUGGAAUCGCUGCUGCUUGCGCAAGAUGCAGCCUCGUGGGAACUCGGCGUCACACAGAUUGGCCCGAGGCGGGCUGUCGCAGGUCUGCUCAACCUCUCCUUGGAUCCUCGCCCCAAGGUGCGCAAGCGAUCGCAGGAUGCUCUCAAGAAAGUUCUCCAGACUCCUCCUCCCAGCCCCUCCUUGGACCAUCCGGCUGCCGAUAUGUGUGCCCAGACUGCCAUGAAGAACCUGGAAGACCUGGCUGCCAAGGUUGCUCAGGCGCGCAAGGGCAAAAAGUCAUCCGAUACCACCAACGAACCUGCCCUGAUUCAUGCGCUCCAAUUGGUCAAGACAGUGGCCGCGGCCAGCGGUGGUUGGCCCAGCAAGAAGAUUGAGUCCCUGUGCGAAUUGCUCCUGGGCAUCGCCAAGACUGGAAACGAAUAUAUGACCAUGGCUGCCUUUGAUAUCUUUGAACUAAUCUUUGAGGGCAUGAGCGAUGAGAUUUCGUCUACCAAGCUGCCAAGGUUGAUGGAAAUUAUUUCGGAACUGCGCCCUUCGGCCACUGAUACCCAGCUUGUACCUCCUUGGCUCGCAAUUCUGUCAAGAGGCUACGAUGUCUCUGCCCAAGUCGAGCCAGAGGAGACGUUCCAGAAUCUCCCCAACCUCUUCACAAUGAUUACCCAGUUCCUGCAGUCACCUGCUGAAAACAUCCGAAUUUCCGCUUCGGAGUGCUUGGUUUCCUUCAUGGCAAACUGUGUGCCCUCUCAGGUGAUCACCGAGCCAUCUGUGUACGACGAAAAGAUCCUUGAGAAGAUUGCCAAGACGGCCGAAUCCCUGCUCACUGUUCAGUAUCAGGCGGCUUGGCUUCAAACCUUCACCGUUCUUGGUGCCAUGUUCGAUGCUCUGCGCUGGAGAGCCCACCCCAUCUUGUUGGGGGUUGCUAAGACUGUUGGUGAGAUCCGCGAGAGUUCUUCUUUCCGUAACAAGAAGGAGGCAGACGAGCUCAUCGGCAAGGCCAUCCGUGCCAUGGGACCCGAGGCUGUUUUGUCGGUAUUGCCCCUGAACCUCAUCAAGCCCGUCAAGGGCCAGAACGGCAGAGCUUGGAUGUUCCCCAUCCUCAGAGAUUAUACCAGCAACACCAAUCUCAACCAUUUCAAGAGCGAGAUGGUCCCUCUCAGUGAAGUCAUGUUCCAAAAGGUUCUCGAUCACGGCGAGGCGGCCAAGACCAUGGAGGUAAAGAUUUACGAGACAGUUGUGCAGCAGAUUUGGUCCAUCCUCCCCGGCUAUUGCGAUUUGCCUCUGGACCUGGUCCAGGCUUUCGACCAGUCUUUUGCAGAGAUCCUCGCAAACCUACUCUACAAGCAGGUCGACCUGCGACUGGACAUCUGCCGCGCUCUUAGAACCAUUGUGGAGUCUAAUCAGGCCAUCGCCGACAUUGACGAUAAGGAAGAAGAAGACCUCCUCCUCCAAAGCAGAAUCACCCGCUCCACCGCCCGAGAAAACCUCAAGCAUCUGGGCGGGUUCGCCGGAAACAUGCUUGCUGUCCUGUUCAAUGUCUACACCCAAACACUGCCACAGAGCCGAGGCCCUAUCCUUCAGACCGUCAAUGCAUUCCUGAGCAUAGCGCCCGAAGCCGAGGUCAUGGAGACUUUCAACCGAGUCAGCCAGAUGCUGGCCACAGAGCUUCAAAAUGCCCCUCAGCAGAGCGAGAAGGACAAGUCACAACAAAAGCCCAAGGAUCAUAUGCCUUCCACCGCACAAACCUUGAUGGAUCUUGUAAUCACAAUGUCUACCUAUCUCCCCAGGGAGAGCUUCGCCUCCCUGUUUGAGAUUGCCUCGGUGGUUAUUUAUAAGCAGGAGGAACCUCAAUUGCAAAAGAAGGCAUACAAGCUCAUUCCUCGCUUGGCCGGCUCUGAGAUUGGUCAGGCGGCACUUCGGGAAAGGGGCUUGGAGCUCCAGAACCUCUUCAUCUCGAGUACUGAGAAGGUUUCCGCCCCCGCCAGGCGCGAACGUCUGGCGGCCAUCAUCACUCUCCUUCCAUAUGUCAACGACGACUCCCUGCAUUUCAUCCCAGCCAUCCUGAGCGAGGUUGUUAUCUGCUGCAAGGAGAACAAUGAGAGGGCGAGAGAAACAGCUUACGAGUUACUGGUCCAGAUGGGACACCGCAUGAUCUCCGCAAACGGUGCCCAGAUCGACAACAGCAAGGUCCCACACAUGCCCGAGGGAGCCCCCGCAGGAACGGCGAAUAUCGAGGAAUACUUCACCAUGGUCAGCGCCGGUCUGGCAGGAAGCACCCCUCACAUGAUCUCUGCCUCCAUCACAGCCAUCAGCCGUCUCCUCUUCGAGUUCGGGUCGCAGCUCAGUGAACAGACUCUGUCCGAUUUAGUCCAGACAAUGGACCUCUUCCUGACGUCCAACAACCGCGAAAUCGUGAAGAGCUGCCUCGGCUUUGUCAAGGUGUGCGUCAUCGGCCUCCCCGUCGAGCUCAUGCUGCCCCGUCUCUCCACGCUCGUCCCCAACCUGAUCGUCUGGAGCCACGAGCACAAGGGACACUUCAAGGCCAAGGUCAAGCACAUCCUCGAGAGGAUGGUGCGCCGCUUCGGCUACGACAACAUCCACAAGAACUGCCCCGAAACGGACAAGAAGCUGAUCGUCAAUAUCCGCAAGACAAAGGAGCGGACAAAGCGGAAGAAGGACGCCGCCAAGACCGCCAACGACGAGGACGACAGCGGCGACGAGGACGAGGACCAGCCCAAGCGGCAGUUCGAGAACGAGUUCGACCAGGCCCUGUACAGCAGCGACUCCGAAGAGGAGGACGACUCGGAAGGCGAGGCGGCGCCCGCCCGACAGGCAGCAAAGAAGAGCCAAAAGGGCGGCAAGACGUACAUCCUCGAGGACGACGACGAGCCCCUCGACCUCCUCGACAAGAAGGCCCUCGCCAACAUCUCCUCCACCAAGCCCGUCAGGAUGCGCAAGCCCACCAAGACCAAGGCCAGGUACGACCCGGACGGCAAGCUCAUCCUCGGCAAGGACAGCGACGACGAGAACGACGCCAUGGAGGUCGACCAGCCGGAGAACUCGGGCGUCGGGGCCUACGUCGCCGCCCUCAAGGGCAAGGACGUCGCCAAGCGCGGCCGGGGCGGGAAGCUCAAGUUCUCCAACCGCAGGACCAAGGACGACGACGAAAUGGAGGAGAUGGACGACGGCGAGGCCGCCGCCAUCAAGAACAAGAUCAGCCCCCGCGGCAACGGCAGGUUCCGAGGGGGCAGGGGGGGAGGAGAUGGUCCGCGAGGGGGACGGAGCGGCCGCGGCGGGAUCGCCGCCGGGAGACGAGGUUUGGGCGUCGACAAGAGGCAUGGGCCUUCUGGGGCGGGUGUCGGCAAGGGAAAGAGGGGUGGUCGGAGGUGA